GCCCUCCUCUCCGCCAUCCAGGACGGCGUUGGAGUGGAGGCCGCACUUGAGGCGGCCCAGGACUACUACGGCGAGGACCCGGACACCUGCCUGGCGUUGGUCACUCCGUGCGCGGAGGAGUUGGAGGCGACCGCCCUCCGCAACCCCGCCUCGCUGGAGCGGGAGGAGCAGGCCGCCCUCGGCAAGCUCUUGCGGUACGUCCGCGAGAGGCGCCUGCUCCAGAAGGGGCAGGCCCUCCAACCUCCGGGCGUCAUGGAGGGGAUCUUCACCAGUCUCCCCGAGGGGGAAUACCGUGACACGCGCCCCGCGCCGUCCGGCGGCUCGAACCCCCUCCCGCCCGCUGCGCAGUGGGAUGCCAUUCAUGGGAUCGCCCCACCAAGGGGCGCCACAGGACGCGCCGGGGCAGGGGGGGAAGGGCAGGCGGGGAUUUUCACUGACCCGAACACCCGCCUCUUGGUUCAGCACCUCAACCUCGAGAUCUCCCAGCGCAUGGAGGCCGACGACUCCAAGAACGUGGAGGGCUCCCUGGGCUACCUCAAGAAGACGGAGUGCCGGCUGGCGGUCUACACCGCCCGGGGGUUCAACGCCUUCUACGUCGCCCUUUGCCCGGGCCUCGUCGGAAGGGAGCUAUACGACGCAGCCCGGAGGGGAGGAGACGGACGCUGGAUGAUCAUGCACGAGGGAGGCUGCCCCGCCCUGGUCGUGAACCGGAUUGCCUACGCCAUCGCGGGGGGCUUCUGGGGGGGCCGCGACCUGGAACGGAUGGCCAAGUGGUCCCUGGGAGCAUCGGACUUCCCGCGGACCACUCGGGAGGAGUUCGAACGGUUCAUCCCACAUUCGGACCCCACCUACAUGGAGAAGCGUCCCGCCUGGACCAAGAUCCUCGCCGUCUGGACCGACCAGGCCCACCGGAGCAUCACCACUUUCUGCCUGUUCUACGGCCAAGACCAUGAGAAGGAGAGACGGGACGCCUUGAGGAGGCUGGUGCAGCUCAACCUCGAUGACCCCAACCAGUGGACGGAGGGGGACCUCUUCGCGAUCUGGGAGGAGCUCCACUGGGACUGGUGGGACGGCAUCCGACUGAUCGUCCAGCGGGCCCUCCACGACCUCAGAAACCAGAACCCCACCGAGGAGGAGUUCAGGCUCCACCUCUUGGAGGGGCCGGACGACAACCCGCAGUACCCCAUCGGCACGGCCCUGGAGGCGGAGGAGCAUAAGGCGGCCCUGGCGGGUGCCCCUAAGAACCCGCAGGGCAAGAGGAUUUGCAUCCCCUUCAAUUGCCACAUCACGCGCUGGCGGGGGAGCGGCUGCCGGGGCGCCCACCAGAAGAUCAAUGAUCUGAAGGGCCUCCCCAUGGAGACCAGGUUGCUCUUCUUCCGCUUCGGAGGGUUCCACAAGCUCCCCCUCGUGACGCCCGCAGCGGCGGACGCCCGCAUGGCUGCACUCCGGAAGGGACCGAAGCCCCGCCCGAAGACCCGCGGAGGGCAGAGCGCCAACCGGGGCACGGAGACACCCCCGGGGGACCCCCCCACCACGGGGAGGGGGGAGCCCGAGCAGAGCGCCACACAGGCGCCCGCCCCGGGGGUGCUGGCGUGCAUUACCUGCCCGCGCCGCACGGUUUGGGACACGCUCGACUUCGGCCAGUACCUCCACCCCACGGGGCCCCAUGCCCAUCUCAUGCGGGAGAAGCUGGGGCUGCAGGAAGGCGAACCGGAGGGAGGGCAGUGCAUGCUCCUGAGCACCGCCGCCUCCUCGCUGUGGCGGCAGCACGGCACCCCCCCUCAUCAGGAGGAGGUGCACGCCCUGGCCACCCGCUACCGGGCGGAGCUGCUGGAGGCGGCUGGCGAUGCGCCGCCGGCCUCCAGUUCGCCCCUGGACGACGCACUCCGAGCGGGAGCCGCCGUCCCGCACUCGGGAAGAGACUACCGAGAGUUCCCCUUACUGGGAGGCCCCGCCCUCACCAGCGUCGACCUCCACGUGCGCACGCUCCAGGACACCUACCUCCGCGAGACGCGGAUCCCCAGCCGCGCGAGCGGCGACUCCCCCGACGCCUGGCUGUUCCUCAACCAGGGGCACGCCCUCGCACUGGGGCCCACGCCGGAGGCCUUCCUGGAUCCGCUACCGG